GGAGAGGCUAGUGGUAACAGGCCGAGCUGGAUGGAUGGGUAUGGGGAGAGGGGCAGGACCUUCAGCCCUGGGAUUCUGGCCGACCUUCGCCUUCCUUCUCUGCAGCUUCCCCGCAGCCACCUCCUCGUGCAAGAUCCUCAAGUGCAACUCUGAGUUCUGGAGCGCCACAGCGGGCAGCCACGCGCCGGCCCCGGACGACGCCCCCGAGUUCUGCGCAGCGCUGCGCACCUACGCCCUGUGCACGCGGCGCACGGCCCGCACCUGCCGGGGGGACCUGGCCUACCACUCUGCCGUCCAUGGCAUCGAGGACCUCAUGAGCCAGCACAACUGCUCCAAGGAUGGCCCCACGUCGCAGCCGCACCUGCGCACGUUGCCGCCGCCACUGGGGGACAGCCAGGAGCGCUCGGACAGCCCCGAGAUCUGCCACUACGAGAAGAGCUUCCACAAUCGCGCGGCCGCCCCCAACUACACGCACUGCGGCCUCUUUGGGGACCCGCACCUCCGGACUUUCACAGACCGUUUCCAGACCUGCAAGGUGCAGGGCGCCUGGCCGCUCAUCAACAAUAAUUACCUAAACGUGCAGGUCACCAACACACCGGUGCUGCCUGGCUCAGCCGCCACCGCCACCAGCAAGCUCACCAUCAUCUUCAAGAACUUCCAGGAGUGCGUGGACCAGAAGGUGUACCAGGCCGAGAUGGACGAGCUCCCUGCCGCCUUCGCCGACGGCUCCAAGAACGGCGGUGACAAGCACGGGGCCAACAGCCUGAAGAUUACCGAGAAGGUGUCGGGCCAGCACGUGGAGAUCCAGGCCAAGUACAUCGGCACCACCAUCGUGGUCCGCCAGGUGGGUGGCUACCUGACUUUCGCGGUGCGCAUGCCCGAGGAGGUAGUCAACGCCGUGGAAGACCGGGACAGCCAGGGCCUCUACCUCUGCCUGAGGGGCUGCCCCCUCAACCAGCAGAUCGACUUCCAGGCCUUCCGAGCCGGCGCCGAGGGCCCCGGUGCCCACAGGCUACCAGCCGCCAGCCCCGCCCCCUCAGCCCCCGACACCUUCCCGUACGAGACGGCCGUGGCCAAGUGCAAGGAGAAGCUGCCCGUGGAGGACCUCUACUACCAGGCCUGCGUCUUCGACCUGCUCACCACAGGAGACGUGAACUUCACGCUGGCCGCCUACUACGCCCUGGAGGACGUCAAGAUGCUCCACUCCAACAAGGACAAGCUGCACCUGUACGAGAGGACUCGGGAGCCGCCGGGCCAGGCGGCUGCCGCAGGGCUGCCCCCGGCCCCCUGGCCCCUCCUCGGCAGCCUUCUACUCCUGCCCCUGCUUCCUGUGCUGCUGGAGGCCGCCUAG